AUGGCGGCAGUAUACAAGUCGCUGUCAAAAAGCGCCUCCAAGACCGACAAGGACACCGACAGCAAUGGCACCGUUAUUGAGAGGAAAAACAAGCAGAGAGUGCUUAUCCUUUCGUCAAGAGGCGUUACCUACAGGCAUCGCCAUCUUCUCAAUGACCUGGCAGCGAUGCUUCCUCACGGCCGGAAAGACGUCAAGUUCGAUUCCAAGUCCAAGCUAUACCAACUCAACGAGCUGGCGGAACUUUACAACUGCAACAACGUACUUUUCUUCGAGGCGAGGAAGGGAAAGGAUCUGUACAUGUGGCUUAGCAAGGUCCCCAAUGGCCCGACGGUGAAGUUCCACGCCCAAAACAUGCACACAAUGGAGGAACUCCACUUCACAGGAAACUGCCUCAAGGGCUCACGACCAAUUCUCUCGUUCGACGGCGCCUUCGAGACAGAACCGCAUCUCCGCGUCAUUAAGGAGAUUUUCCUACACAUCUUUGGCGUUCCGCAGGGCGCGCGCAAGUCCAAGCCCUUCAUUGACCACGUUAUGGGGUUUACGGUGGCCGAUGGCAAGAUUUGGGUCCGCAACUACGAGGUUCGGGAGGUCGAGAAGGUCAAGGGGCGAAGACGGCGAGGAGGAGGAGGUGAAAGAGCAAAGGGGCGCAAGACCAAGGGCGGCGACAACGACACAGACGUCAUGCCUCGUUGA